AAAAGCCGUCCGUUUCUCCCUCUUUCCCUCCACUAAUGUCGCACUUCCCCUUCUCAAACCUUCUCUCUCUGUCUGUAUAUUGUAUAAGGUUACAGCCUGUGACAUCUGUUGCCAUAAUUACAAUACACACCCAUUUUAAAUAUUACAGAUGAAACGGGAAAAACAAUCCAGUUUUCCAUAACAUAAAAUAAAAUUUUCAGAGCUGUUUCUGUUGUCCUUCUGUCUGUCCAUUCUAUAUAUGUAUAUAAAUACAUUUCUUUCUAUUUCCUCUUCACCACAGAACGAAUGUCGGAACCAAGAAACCCUUCUUCCUUUCUAUAAAUUUACCUAUAUUCUCUCUCUGUCUCUCUCUGUCUUAACGUAAAAGAAAACAAUUUGAUCUUUUGUAUAAACAUAACAGGAAAAAGAAGAAAAGAAAAGAGAGUUCUGUUUGUUGGAGAAGAUGGGAGCUUGUGCAACCAAGCCAAAGGUGUUAAAGGAGGAGGGCCAAGCUCCGGUACCCGCUCCUGAACCGGCGGCGACUGAGACGACUGUGGUGGUAGAGGACGUGUUUGCAGCUGGCCAGGUGGCCAAGACAGAGGAUGUGCUCCCUGUUCUUGAAGAGGAAAAGGAAAAAGAAAAAAAGGUUGUUGAGUCUGCAGGUGGGGGUAACGUUCUUGUUGAUGAUGAUGAUCAAGGCAGCAAGAGAAGAUCACUAAGUCACUUGUUUAAGGAGAAUGAACAUGAGAAGGAGGCAGAAGAAACUGAGAAGACACCUGCAGAAGUAGUGAAACAAGAAUCAUCAGAGACUGAAAAACCUAAAGAGGCAACCCUCGAAGAACGAUCAGUGAACCCAUCAAAUUCUACAGAGGUAGUUACACCUGAACCAUCACUGGUCCAAGAACCUGUGGAGCCAGUGGAACAAGAAAAAUCAGAGCCUGAAAAAACUGAGUCGUCUUUGAAACAAGAACAAUCAACAAUGGAAAAACCUAGAAAUGAACCAGAGAAACAGGGGCUAACACUGACUGAAAUACCUGUCGAAGUGGAGAAAAAGGUGGAGCCAGUGAAACAAGAAGACCCUUUGGUGACUGAAAAGCCUGUGGAGUCAGUAGUGAAACAAGCAGAACCAUUAGUUACUGAAAAAUCUGUUGAAGUCUUAGAAACCAAGUUAUCAACAAUUAAAAGAUCUGAAAUUCCAGUUGAACCGACUGAAUCCUUAGCUGUCGUUGAUGCUCCUGGAAAGGUGGAAACAGAGAAGGUAAUUGAAGCUAUCACAGCAGUAGAGCCCAAAUCCAACAGUGAAAUAUCUGUGGAGAAAAAAACUGAAGAAACCAAGGACUUGACAGUUAGUGCCUAAAGACGUUGAUUUUAUGAAGCUUCUCUGAUCAGAUUGAUACCAGACAAGAUUAGCUAAAGAGAUGAUUUACAAAACCAAGUUCUUUUCGUUGGCUUUUUUGUGAGUCAAUUUGUUUCUAUUGUUUCAUAUAAAUCUUUGUCUUCUUUCGGGUUUGUUCAAUAUUUUUGUGCUUCACGAUGGCAGAUGAAAAAUUAUUAUUAGAUUAUAUAUAAAAGCAUAGAUUGAUUUAUGCGCAA